UCUGUAGCAGGUGUAACGUGAUGGUGCGACCACGGAUCAAUUUGCAAAACAUUCUGCACGUGGACGUGGGAUUUGUAACUGAAUAUUGUCGUUGACGUGGAAUUGAACAAGAUUUUCUUACGGACAGAACGUGUGAUCUCCCGCUGAUUCUGAAUUUGUGGCUGGUUUUCAUUUAGAAUGGCCGACGUGGAUUCAGCACCCUAGGUCUCUAUUUGGUUAAGAACCACACAGGUGAUCAUGAUGAACUCUAUAGCAGUGUGGGAUGCAAUGGCCGGUGGCUCAACAUCAGUUGCCAGACCGGUGCGGACACUGGACCCCAGGCCCCCCUAUGCCGUGGACAGACCCAGGCCACAGUCAGCCCCAAUGCGCAAGCCGGUUUCACCCGCCAAGCCCUUGUGGAGGGAUUCACGCUCGGACAUCAUCCCUCACAAGCAGCGACGCUUUGUCACUUCCCUCAGGUCCAGUAGUGCCAACCAGGACUCGUACGUCAGCAAGAGAGCUCCUUAUGCAGCCAAGAGGCUCCAUGCCCUGAACGUCGAGAGGCAGAUGAUGACUGGCACCUACCCACGGGUGGAGAAUGGUCGCACGGUGACAGUGCCGGAGUACGAUGCCUUUGCCGACCCCCAUCUCACAGAUUAUUUUGCCCGCAAGUUUUCAAUCGGCUUACCGAGACCACCAUCAGGGGCAAAGAGGCGGCCCGCUAGUGCAAACGCUCGAACCAGCACCGGACGGAGCGGCAGCCGGCAGUCAACAGGGCUAGAAUGCAUGUACAGGGUAACCGUCAAGACUGGGGACAAGAAAAACUGUGGCACCGCUGCAAGUGUUUUCAUCCAGCUGAAGGGGAGCAAGGGCAAGACGGCCAAGAGGAAGCUGAGCAAGAAGUCGGCCAAGACGCAGUCAGGCUUCAUGAAGAUCAAGUACAGUCGCAACACCUCCAAGGUCUUCAAGCUCAAGAUGCAGGACGUCGGAGAGCUGCAGACGUUGACAGUUGAGCAUGAUGGCCUAGAGAAGGCAGACAGCUGGUUCUUGGAGGAGAUUGAAGUGACCAAUCUAGCCAGCAAGCAGACGUGGCUGUUCCACUGCGGGCAGUGGCUGUCACUCUUUGAGACCGACUGCCAGCUCAGGAGGGUGCUGAAAGCCCUGGACCCCAAGAAGCACGGCAAAACAGAAUAUGAAGUGGUCACGGUUACCGGUGAUGUGAAGGGUGCCGGUAGUGACUCCAAUGUUUACAUCACGUUAUUCGGCAUGCGGGGGACCAGCAAGAAGACGCCGCUCAAACCUCAGCCAGGGGCGGACCCGUUUGAGAGGGGGAACAGUGAUGUAUUCACCUUCAAGUGCAAUAACGUAGGACCACUCAGGAAAAUUAGGAUAGAGCACGACAAUACAGGCUUCGCUCCAGGCUGGUUCCUUGACCGAGUUGUGGUGACCGACCUUAGCAAUCCCAAGAAGGGAAAGUACUACUUCCCGUGUGGCCAGUGGCUGGCCAAGGGGGAAGGAGACGGCUUGAUCUGCCGAGAUCUACUGGGGAGCAGAGACCCACUGGCUGUCAGAAAAUCUCACAAGUACAAAGUCCACAUUUUUACGGGUAACAAACGUGGCGCGGGGACCGACUCCAAUGUUUUCGUCACAAUUUUCGGGGAGUCGGGUGAAGACAGCGGAGAGAGAAAGCUAACCAACUCCAAAAACAACUUUGAGAGGGGCAGGGAGGAUGUUUUUGUCUUGGAGGCAGCAGCCCUUGGACCCCUGGAGAAGAUUCGCAUCGGUCAUGACAACUCAGGACCCGGGCCGGCUUGGUUCCUUGACAAGGUCAUCAUCGAUGACAUUGAGAUGGGAGCGACUUACGAGUUCCCCUGCAAACGCUGGCUGGCCAAGAACGAGGAUGACGGCAAGAUCACUAGGGAGCUUUACUGCGGGGACAAGGCAGGAAAAGGAUCAGAAAAAGGAAUACCGUAUGAAGUACGCAUUACCACUAGCGACAAGCGUGGGGCUGGAACCGACGCAAGAGUCUACAUAGUCAUGUACGGUGGGAAGAAUGGUGAGCAGACCAGCGGCAAGAUCUGGCUGGAUGACGGAAAGUUUGACCGCGGCCGGACGGACAUCUGCAGCGUAGAGAUAGGGGCUAUACUGAGCCCUCUCUCCAGAUUAGACAUUGGCCACGACAACUCUGGAGUCGGUGCUGGUUGGCACUUACAGAAGGUUGUUAUUGACUGCCCUGCUGCUGGCAUAGAGCAGACUUUCCUGUGCAAUGAUUGGCUGGCUGAUGACGAAGGGGACAAGCGCAUUGAGAGGACAUUGACGGAAUCAAAGUCCAUGAGAAAAACCAAGAAACAAAAGGAAGUCUGGAAUGUCACCGUCUUCACCAGCGAUGUGGCAAGUGCCGGCACAGAUGCGAACGUCUACUUCUGUCUCUACGGCGACCAGGGCAAGUCGGACGAGAUCAAGCUGGAUAACAAGAGCGACAACUUUGAGCGAGGCCAACAGGACAGCUUCAAAAUUGAGAUGGUGCCCGUGGGCAAGCCCUACAAGAUGAGGGUGUGGCACGACAACAAGGGCAUGGCUGCUGGUUGGCAUCUUGAAAAGAUUGAAAUUCAGCCAGUUUCGUCCAAGAAGUGCUACAUCUUCCCUUGCAAUCGCUGGCUGGCCAAGAGCGAAGAUGAUGGGGAGAUUAUCAGGGAGUUACCUGCUACUGGAGACAGCAUCAAGAAGCCGUUGCCUUUGGUCAAGUACAAGGUCUUGGUUCACACAGCGGACAAGUUUGGUGCCGGCACAAAUGCUAACGUCUUCUGCAACAUCUUCGGCGAGCUGGGUGACACGGGUGAGAGGCCUCUCUCCAAGUCAGCCACCAAUAGGAACAAGUUUGAAAGAAAGAGUGUGGAUGAGUUUAUCAUUGAAGCAGUCUCACUACGUGCCUUGAAGAAGAUUCGCGUUGGCCAUGACGGCACCGGGGCCGGAGCAGGCUGGAUGCUGGACAAAGUGGUGGUCCAACAGGAGGGCAGGCCAAACUCAGAGGUCGUCUUCCCCUGCAAGAGGUGGCUGGAUCGAGAUGAGGAUGACGGACAGAUUGUUCGAGAACUUGUGCCAGAAGGGAAUUCCCAACUUCUUUCAACAACAUCUUACCACGUGUCCGUCAAGACGGGUGACGAGCGGUCAGCGGGCACGGACGCCAACGUCCACAUCAAACUGUUCGGGGAGGAUGGGGACACGGGCCUGAUCCCGCUCAAACAGUCGGAGAACACCAAGAACAAAUUUGAGCGGGGGCGGACGGACAAGUUCACCCUGGAAGCCGUGGACAUCGGGAAACUGGAAUACAUCAAGAUCAGCCAUGACGGCUCAGGCCCCGGGGCAGGCUGGUUCCUGGACUCAGUGGAGGUGGACAUUCCAUCCAGGGGCCUGACAUACACGUUUGCCUCUCAUCGCUGGCUGGCCGAAGAUGAGGAAGACGGCGAACUUGAGGUUGAGCUGUACCCAACGGACACCAAGAAGACCAAACCGCGUAUUCCGUACGAGAUAACGGUCGUAACUGGUAGCUGCUCAGGGGCGGGAACGGACGCCAACGUCUUCCUGCGCAUCUACGGCGAGGACGGUGCCAAGACAGAGGAAUUCAACCUCCGCAACCGCACCGACAACUUUGAGAAGAACAACGUGGACAAGUUUAAGAUUGAAGCUGAGGAUGUCGGACCAAUCAGCAAGAUUCGCAUCGGUCAUGAUGGUGCUGGACGUUUUGCUGGGUGGUUCUUGGACAGGGUCCAGAUUGAACGCUUCCCGCCGAAGAAACGCCUUAAACGACGGAAGUCCAGAUCAAAGAUGCGGUUGCCUAGCGACGAAGAAGAUGAUGAUGGAAACGGUAGGUCCCAGAGGCGGCGAUCCAAGUCAAGGACUCGAUUGCAAAGCGACGACGAUGAUGAAAAGGAAGAUGAUGGGAAGGUAGUGGAUGAGAGCCAGGAAACAACGAAAUACUUGUUUGUCUGCAACCGUUGGUUAGCCCGCAGUGAGGACGAUGGACAGAUUGUCAGGGAACUGGUUCCAACAGAUGAGUCUGGAAACGUCCUGAAGAAAAACUCCCUGAAAAUGUGCGACUACGUCAUCCACACGUACACCGGGGACGUGUUCCAAGCUGGAACUGACGCCAAUGUCUUCAUCAAUAUAUACGGGGAGAAGGGCGACACUGGAGAACGAAGGCUGAAGGACUCUGAGACCAACAUGAACAAGUUUGAACGAAACCAGGAGGACAUUUUCAAGAUGGAAGCAGCUGACCUUGGUGGUUUGAAGAAGCUGAAGAUCAGGCAUGACAACUCUGGCCCAGGCGCCAACUGGUUUCUCGACAGGGUGGAGGUCGAGGACAAAAUGCACAAUCGCAGGUAUUAUUUCCCCUGUCAGCGGUGGCUGGCUACGAACAAAGACGACGGCCAGAUCUCCCGGGACCUCAUCCCGGUUGAGAAGGAGGUCAUUCAGAGGUCGUUGUCUCGGCGACGGUCCUCCACAUCGGUGCGGGAAGAGAUUGCAUUAGAAGCCAAAGCCUCCAUGGAGACAUACCAUGUCUACGUGACAACAGCUGACGUUCGCGGUGCCGGCACAGAUGCUAAUGUCUACGUUGUCCUGUACGGUGAAAAUGAUGACACAGGUCAGCACUUUCUCAAAUCAUCCAAGACAAACCGGGAUAAGUUUGAGCGAGGGAAGACAGAUGAGUUCAUCAUUGAAGCAGUGGACAUUGGAGAGAUUCAGAAAAUCAAGAUUGGUCACGACAACAAAGGAGGCUUUGCUGGCUGGAAGCUGGACAAGGUUGAAAUUGACGCUCCUUCCCUGGGCAAGAGGUGGUACUUCCCUUGUGGGCGGUGGCUCGACAAGGGGGAGGACGACGGGCAAAUUGAAAGAAUCCUUCACCCGGUGGAGACAAGGACAGAAGAAUACCAAAAACAUGUGCCUUAUGAGUUCACUGUCUACACCAGUGACGUGUCGGGCGCGGGGACAGACUCGGACGUCUUUGUCACUCUGUACGGCCAGGAGGUCGUGACAAGCCAGAAGAGCCUGUGCCAAACCAAGAAGCAGAGAAAGGAGUGCUUUGAGAGGAACCAAGUGGACAAGUUUGUCAUUGAGCUCGAAGAUGUGGGAGAAACGAUUGAAAAGCUACGCAUUGGGCAUGACAAUGCCGGGUUUGGGGCAGCGUGGCAUCUUAACAAGGUGGAAGUACGGAGACUGUUGGAAAACUCCAAGGGUUCCAGGACCUACGUCUUCCCCUGCAAUCGUUGGCUGUCCCGGAAGGAAGAUGACGGUGAGAUUAUCAGGGAACUGGUCCCAGCGCAGAUCACUGAGGAGAAAGUCCGGAAGGACGGAAGCACAAAGAAGAAAGAAGUUAAGCAGGACACACUGACAAUGAAGAAGUAUGCUGUUCAGGUAUACACUGGUGAUGUGUUCCGUGCCGGCACCGAUGCCAACGUGUUCUGCACCCUCUUCGGCGAGAACGGCGAUAGCGGGGAACGGCAACUACGCAACUCCGAGACCUACACAGACAAGUUUGAGCGCGGGCACUGUGACAAGUUCUCCUUUGAGGCUGCUGACUUGGGCAAACCCUUCAAGCUCAAGAUUCGCCACGACAACACCGGGUUCUCGGCAGCCUGGUUCCUAGACAGGGUAGAGGUCAUCGACCACGACGGGGAGAAGUACGUCUUCCACUGCGAGAGGUGGUUAGGCAAGAACAAAGAUGACGGCAAGCUGGAGAGGACUUUGUAUGCCAAGGGUUACGAAGGCGACAUGUCCAGCACGAGCACCCUACACAGGAGCAAGUCAUCAGGGUCACUGAAGUCUGUCCGGUCGGACAGCCCCGGCCCACUGACCAGACGGAAGUCCAUGCUGGAGAUGCCAGAAUUCACUGGACCAACAAUACCCUACACGAUCCGAGUGACCACCGGCAAGGAGCCCGACAUGGGGACAGAUGCCAACAUCUACAUCGUCAUCAGUGGGCCCAAGAAGAAGCACACGACAGGCCGCCUUCCCCUUCAGCUGGUCAGUAAGAGCAAGCUGGAGCCUGGAUCCAUCGAGACGUUCUCCCUGGAGGCGCCGGAUGUGACAGAUAUCAAAAAGAUCGAGAUCGGCCACGAUGGAGUGACCCCUCAGGAGGGCUGGUAUCUGGAGGAGAUUGAGGUGGACAUGCCUACGCUGGGCAGGCACUACUGCUUCCCCUGCAAGCGCUGGCUGUCCAAGGACAAGGACGACGGCCAUAUCUCUCGGGUCCUGGUGUCGGAAGAUGCCCAGAGUGCCAACUACAAGCCAAUAGACGGCAGUCCGACUGUCUUCUCCUUGGUUCGCAGCAUCCACUACAAGCCAAAAAUCCCAUACGAGGUGACGUUCUUCACCGGCGACGUCCAGAAUGCAGGAACUGACGCCGUCAUCACAAUGACCGUGUUCGGGACCAACGGCUCGACACCGGAACUAACUCUGGACAAGAACGGGGAGAGGUUCGAGCGGGGCAAAGAAGAUCUGAUCAAAACGGAGCUUGAUGACAUAGCCCCACUGAAGAAGAUCAGGAUCGGACACAAUGGGAAAGGAUCCCGACCAGACUGGUACUUGGACAAGGUUCACCUGCGUAACAUGGAGACUGGCGACCUGACUGUGUUCAAGUGCGAAGACUGGUUAUCCAAGACGCACAGUGACAAGAAGAUAGUCAGGGAACUACCCGCCUAUGUCAAGGGCAAAGCACAGAUUCAGAACAUCAACUACAAGGUCACGGUGAAGACCAGCGACAUCCGGGGCUGCGGCACCGACGCCAACGUCUGCCUGAUCAUCUUUGGCGAGAACGGCAGCUCGGAGGAGCUGAAGUUGAAGGAGUCGCAGACGCACCGGGAUAAGUUUGAGCGCAACCAGGCAGACAUCUUCUCCUUCUCCAUGCUCAGUCUCGGCACGUUGACCAAGAUCCGAAUCUGGCACGACAACAAAGGGCUGAAGGCAGGCUGGCACCUGGAGUACGUGGAGAUUGUAGACGAGAGCAAGAAUCAGACUUACAUGUUCCCUUGCAACCGCUGGCUGGCGCGAGACGAGGACGAUAAACAGAUCAUGAGGGAGCUGACAUGUGCCUCACUGAACACGCCCAGGGACGACAAAGAGAAAAUCACGUAUGAGAUUUCCGUGACAACCACAGACAAGCGGGAUGCGGGCACUACCCAGAAUGCUUGGGUGAUUUUAGAAGGUGACCUCCGCAGCUCUCGAGAGUUUGUGAUGGAGAACAGCGCCAAGAAGAAAAUCCUCAGGAAGGGUGAUACUGACACUUUCAAGUUCUCCACCCGCAAUGUGGGAAGGAUCGAUAGCAUCCUUCUCGGCCACCGGGAACGAAACGAGGGCCCCACGCCCAAAGGCACAGGACGGGAGGUCGACUGGCACUGCCAUGAGGUGGUCGUCAUGGAUACAUCCUUGGGAACAAAAUAUACCUUUCCUUGCAAAGGGUGGGUCCCUCUCGGCUUUGGUAAAGACAGCGCCAUGAGACUCAACUGCAAGAAAGUGGACGAGGGCAAGAUGGCUGCCGCUCGUAACCUCGCACCAGUGCGGUACGAAGUCGUCGUGGUUACGGCCAAUGAGAAGGGAGCCGGAACUGACGCCAAUGUCCAAAUUACCAUAUACGGAAGCAAUGGCGAUUCUGGCAGACAACCACUGAAGCAACGCUUCAGAGACCUCUUUGAGAAAGGCCAGACAGACAAGUUCACACUGGAGGUCCUAGACCUGGGUGACCUCAACAAGGUACGCAUUGAGCACGACAACAAGGGCUUCAACGCGGGAUGGUUAUGCGACCAUGUGACCAUCACCAACCUGGCCACGGGCAAACAGGCUCUGUUCCCCUGCAACAAGUGGCUGGACAAGAGCAAAGGCGAUGGGGAACUCUUCAAAGAACUGUACCCUGCCGCCAAUUGAAAUUUCUAGCCAUGUGAUAGCCACACGACGGCCACGUGAUGGACAUGUGAUGGACAUGUGAUGGCCUUGUGUAUAUGUAGGCCUGCAGUGUAUACCAGGAACCGAAUGUCAAAACUUUUCCAAAAUGGGUCUCUGGUUUUAUUUUGAUAAAUUUGAACAAUCCUUCAAUCUGAAAUGAUUUUACUUUGUAUUGUAGAAACUGACAUUUAAUUUCUUGCUGCUUUUUUAAAAUCACCCAUAGAGGGUUUGCAUGACUGCCAUGCUGCAGGCCAGCGCUUUUGUUUCACAGGGUGUGCAUAAAGGAGGUUUCCAUGCAGAACAAAAGUACUGCCUUGCAAGAUGGCUACCAUGCAAAGCUGCCAUCAUGACAAUCUUCAGUUUGACUUCCAAUGUGGUUCUGAACUUGAAAGUGUAAAUUUCGUAAGUCUUACAUUUAUGGACUGUGCAAAUUACAUUCAUUUUAUACCUCAGUUGCAAUUUCAAUCCUUAAGAAUCUUAUAAAUUCUCUUGCAGUUCAGAGUUUGCAAUGUGACAUUAGUGAUCAAAUGCAAUAUCUAGUCCUGGGCAUAAGGCAAAUAAAUUUGGAAUAACAUUCUAUUUCCAAUUUUUAGUGCCAGCCAGAUUUUCUGGGUAUCUGGUUUGGCAGGAAUAUUUUGAUUUAAGUUCAAAUAUUAUUUCCAGCAGUUGAGUUCCAACAAGACAUACUCAGGGAGAGAACGUUUUUGUACUCUUUUGUGCUUUGCAUUUCCAUUGAAUGUUCAACUUGCAUUUGAAGUGAAAAAUACGGCGAACUAUUGGUAAAAUAACAAGUUACACCAGAUGGCCUAUCGAAAACUCCAAAACGUGCUGAAAUUAAAGGAUGUGCUCCAAGUGGCACCGAAGGGGUAGAAUUUCACAUCUUUCAUGAAGUAAUGUUUGUAAUAUUUGUAAUAAAAAAGUAUAUUGCACAUGAUGUGACUGGCUCCGUAAAAAUGGCCCUUGGGCAUAUGUGUGACAAAUCGAUUUUAAGUGAUGCUUAGGGCAGAGAGGCAUUUAGUAAGGAUUCAAUUUGUGUAUUUGUGACCUCUGUCACACGUUCUGUUCCAUAGAUACAGGAAGAUUUAGAAUUGAUCUCUGGCAGGUGGACAGACUUGUCUGUUACAUACAGAGACAUACCAGGACUUAAGGGGUUCUUUUGCAAAGUGAGGCAGAAAUUGAAAAGAGAAAAUUCUACCACAGGGUUGGCUGACAACUAUUAGGAUCUUGUAAUAAUUUUUGUUUUGGGUUCUUGCAAUGAAUGUACAGGUUUGGGUUUAUUGGACUUUGGACUCUUAAGGUUGGAGCUUUGAGUCUGAAAACAGUUGUUACAUUAUGCUGAACAGUAAACAGGGUAACAGUUCCUCGUUUAACAAAAUGUAGAUAAGUGUUGUAAAAAAAAGGAGAGAGAUUACAAAUAAAAAGCAAAGAUCUUUCUGAUAACAUCAAUUGCGGCUGACUUGAUUGCCCAGCUCUUGUCCUUAUCAUCAUGUUAAAGGCAACGGGUUGGGCUCCGAUUUCGUGUUUGUUUGUUUGUCUCAGUCCUUGUGUUGUUUUGCCUUGACGAAAGGCUCUCCUAGGAUCAAAAUGUCAGGGCCUCCAUAAAUUCCUCGAUUUUUGUAUUGUGACUGUAGCUAGUGAUGUUUGCAGUAGUUUUGUAUUUUACACUUUUUUUGUAAAAGCUGCUGACAGAAAUGGAGGUUUUUGUAUAAACUGCGAGAGUUGACAAUAGUUGAUAAGAAUUUUUCUUUUUUUUUAUUAAAAAGAUCCUGGAAAUAUUUAUGUCCAUAAAAGUAGAUUCAGGAAACAUGAAGCCUUUAAAUUAAGAGUACAAACUGCAGCAUAUGGAAGGCAUUCCCAGCAGAUCAGAUGCGCUCCGUGCAUCGACCUUUGUAUCCUGGAGAACUUAGGAAUUCCAAAUUGAGUCGACAAAAGAAGUAAGGGAACCAACACCAAUAAAAGAGCAUAGUUGGCCAAGUCAAGAACUUUGACACAUAUCAAGAACUUUGACAAAUGAUAACCAACAAUGGAAGUUAUGUUUACUCGGAUGUCGAGUGUGUGAGUCGGCCAAAUUUGGAGAUGUGACUUUGGGGAUGAUCUGGUUUGGCUCAACAAGUUUGAAGCUCAUGCGUAGUUAAUUUCCGUAAUGUUUACUUCGAUGAGUGUGUGAAUCAGCAGAAGUUUGAGAUGCGAAUUUGAUGAUGAUUUGUUUCAGGUCGCCAAGUUUGAAGUUCAAGUGCAGCUGUUUUCAGUUGACUUUUCAAACACCCUGCUAUCCAUGUUUCUGGUAGUUUUCAGACCUCGGUUACGUAAAACAUUGAAAACACCGUGUAUGUCUAUGUUUUUUUCACCAGGAACCAACUACAGUCUCUCAGUUAAAAUAGCAUGCCGUAAACUACUGGAAAAGCAGUAAAAUUUGCAUUGGCUUGGAUUGUGUUAUGUAGCUAUUUAACAAUUCAGUAAUUUUGAAGUCUCAGUACAUUCCAUGAGGCUGUACUUUUUAAAAUCUUGGCCUCAAUUUAAACUCUCUUGUGUAAAAAAGAAUUUUUAUAAGUCGGCUCUAUUGCCAUAGAUGUAUGUAUAUUUUGUGAAUUGGAAAACUGGUCCAAGAAUCUUAAUUCAGAUGACAUUGUUGCUUUGUGAAUGUAAAUAUUUGUGAAGAAUUAGACGAUCGAUCGUCACAGGUCGAGGAAUAGUUCCUGUGAUUAUGAAAUAAAUGUUUCUCCUCAGAGGCUUAGUA